CAAAACAAAGCAUCUAAGAGUCCUCUUGGAGUAGGGCUUAGGUCUCUGAUUGACACUCUUCUCCACACAAAGAGGACAGCAGACUUUGCAUCUCUGCCCCUUUUUCUUCUUUGCUUAGCUGCUCCACCUGCCACUCUCUCUCUCUCUCUCUCUCCCUUUCUCUUCAUCAAACAGGCUUAAGAGGAGGUGAGUAUAUGAUGGGAGAGAGAAUCCCACCAGGGAGUUACUUUCAAUACCCGCCUUCUGGAGUCCCUGCUUCUCCUCAAAGGCCUGCUUCUAUUCCUACAGAUCGUGAAAGAUAUUUAGCUGAAUUAUUGGCAGAGAAACAGAAGUUGGGACCUUUUACACAAGUUCUGCCUCUAUGCACCCGGCUUCUUAAUCAAGAGAUCAGAAGGGUCUCGGGUCUUAAUCCUAGUUUUGUGGAUCAUGAGAGAUUUGAGCAUGAUAGUCCUUUUAGGUCAUUUGGUCAACAUCCCAAUGGGAGACAGAUGGAUUUAGAGGGAUGGCCUGUAAUGCAAACAGAGGAAAAUGGGCAUCUGCAACAAGUUGCUCCAAUUCAAGCUGCAUCAAUGGGUUGGCCUGGUUUGCCAGGAAUCCCUACAACACCAAUAAUAAAGAGAGUUGUUAGACUUGAUGUACCUGUGGAUAAAUAUCCAAAUUAUAAUUUUGUUGGCCGAAUUUUGGGACCACGAGGAAACUCGCUGAAGAGAGUUGAAGCUGUGACAGAGUGUAGGGUGUACAUAAGAGGCAAGGGUUCUGUCAAGGAUUUUGUUAAGGAAGAGAAACUAAAAGAUAAACCUGGAUAUGAACACCUUAACGAGCCACUGCAUGUGUUGGUGGAAGCUGAAUUUCCCGAGGAUAUGAUAAAUUCUCGUUUGGACUCUGCUAUUGAAAUACUAGAAAACCUUCUGAAGCCUGUGGAUGAAUCCUUGGAUAACUAUAAGAAACAACAGCUUAGGGAGUUGGCUUUGCUAAAUAGUACAUUAAGGGAAGAGAGCCCAAGAAUGAGCUCGAGUAUGAGCCCGAGUAUGUCACCCUUUAACAGUACAGGAAUGAAACGGGCCAAGACAGGAAGGUGACCUUAAUAAAUUGAUGAUAAAUCUUUGUUUCUUGCUGGUUCACUGCACUUGAUUAAUUGAAAAUCCUGAUUGUGUUGUGAUGGAUUUAUUUCACCAUAACUUAAGGGGUUGAGUCAAGAAGAGCUAGUUGAACUCCUGUCAGUUUUGGGCAAUGAUUUCUUUUCAUUUCAUCCCUGUUCUUUCUUAUAUGAUUCCCCAUAAAGAUGACUUCUCUACAUCAUUAGUUAAAAAUAACUUAUUCCCUUAUUAUUUUAGCCAUGUUCUUUCUGCUUCUGGAUCUCGUAACCUCUAAUGUACUCGAAUAUUCUUUGUACUGACAAUCUUUCAUAUGCAUGCCCUUCAUUAUAAGAUACAAUCAGUUAUUGUAUUGUAUUUUGACUUAAUAACAAGUAUUGUUCUCCAAUCUUGUUCA